AGACAACGACUUGUUUUGCAAAUUUGAGCGGAUUUUUCAACGAUAUUUAAAGGGAUUAUGGUGUUUACCUAAACAUCAGUGUUUGUGAAAAGUAUCAGUUUUCAGUUGAUAACAGACUCAAGAUGACGGAUAUACGGAGUAUGUUCUCUAACAUGGCAAAUGGGAGUGAAAAUGGCACUGACAAUAAUGCACAAACAGAGUCAGCACCUAAAGCACCAAAGGCGUCUAAAAAGAAAGAAGUAAUUGAAAAAACUUACCAGAAAAAAUCCCAACUUGAACACAUCCUUUUACGUCCUGAUACUUACAUUGGUUCAGUUGAAAAACUGACUGAAGUUAUGUGGGUAUAUGAUAAUGACCAGGAAAUUAUGAUUCAAAAGCAAAUUGAAUUUGUACCAGGUUUGUAUAAAAUAUUUGAUGAAAUAUUGGUAAACGCUGCUGAUAAUAAACAACGGGAUAAAAAAAUGGAUUGCAUUAAAGUUGAAAUAAAACCCGAGGAAAACUUAAUAUCAGUCUGGAAUAAUGGUAAGGGUAUACCAGUGGCAAUGCACAAAGAGGAAAAAAUGUAUGUUCCUACAAUGAUAUUUGGUCAUUUGCUCACAUCUUCCAAUUAUAAUGAUGAAGAGGAAAAAGUCACAGGAGGAAGAAAUGGUUAUGGUGCGAAAUUGUGUAAUAUUUUCAGUACAAAGUUUAUUGUUGAAACUUCAUCGCAUGAAUACAAACAACAAUUUAAGCAGACAUGGGCCUCGAAUAUGUCUAAAGCUUCAGAACCAAAACUAAAGGCAAAUGCAGAGAAUGAUUUUACGAAAAUUACAUUUUGUCCUGACUUGGCAAAGUUUAAAAUGGAAAAAUUAGAUGAUGAUAUUGUUGGUCUGUUGGCCAGACGAGCAUUCGAUGUGGCCGCUUCUACCAAAGGAGUAAAAGUCUUUCUAAACGGAAAAAAGCUACCAGUGAAAAACUUUAAAGAUUACAUCGAAUUGUACAUCAAAGGUAAAGAAGACGAAUCAGGGAAUGCCCUAAAAAUCGUCCACGAGCAAGUUAACGAAAGAUGGGAAAUCGGUUUAACACUAUCCGAUAAAGGCUUCCAACAAGUUUCGUUUGUAAACAGUAUCGCAACUACCAAAGGAGGUCGACACGUUGAUUACGUAGUAGAUUUGAUAGUAAAACAGCUAAUCGAAGUAUUGAAAAAGAAAAACAAAGGCGGCGUGGCGAUCAAGCCGUUUCAAGUAAAAAAUCACAUGUGGGUUUUCAUCAAUUGUCUCAUUGUCAAUCCCACUUUCGAUUCGCAAACGAAGGAGAACAUGACAUUGCAAGCGAAAAGUUUCGGCUCCAAAUGCCAGCUUCCCGACAAAUUCAUAAAUGCUGUCAUCAAGAGCGGCAUUGUAGAGUCGGUACUGUCUUGGGCUAAAUUUAAGGCCCAAAACGAGUUAGCGAAGACCAGUGGAAAGAAACGUAGCAAACUUAAAGGGAUACCAAAAUUGGAGGAUGCCAAUGAGGCCGGUACCAAAAACGCUCAAAAGUGUACUUUAAUAUUGACUGAGGGAGACUCGGCUAAAAGUACAGUCGUAUCUGGUCUGGGAGUAGUCGGUAGAGAUUUUUAUGGUAUAUUUCCGCUUAGAGGUAAAAUCCUCAAUACACGUGAAGCGACGCACAAACAGAUUCUCGAAAAUGCAGAAAUAAACAAUAUUAUUCAAAUUCUUGGAUUGCAGUAUAAGAAAAAAUAUAAUACUCCGGAAGAUAUGAAGACUUUAAGAUAUGGUAAAGUAAUGAUAAUGACUGAUCAGGAUCAAGACGGAUCUCACAUCAAAGGAUUGCUUAUCAAUUUCAUUCAUCACAGUUGGCCAGAGUUGCUGAAACAGGACUUUAUUGAACAAUUCAUUACGCCAAUCGUGAAAGCUAAAAAGAAGAAUGAAUGCUUGUCGUUUUAUUCAUUACCAGAAAUGGAAGAAUGGAAAAAGAACACACCAAACUAUCAAACUUACCAAAUCAAAUACUACAAAGGUUUGGGUACCUCCGAUGCCAAGGAGGGUCGUGAGUACUUCUCAAAUAUGGACAGACACAGAAUAAGAUUCAGAUAUUCAGGCCCACAAGAUGAUGAUCACAUUCUGUUGGCUUUCAGUAAGAAGCACAUUGAGCAUCGAAAGGAAUGGCUAACAAAUUUCAUGGUAGAGAGUAGAAGGAGGAAAGAAAUAGGAUUGCCCGAGAAAUAUUUAUAUGGAAAAAAUACGAAAUUUAUCUCUUACACUGAUUUUAUUAAUAUGGAGCUGAUUCUUUUUUCCAACGGUGAUAAUGUGAGAUCAAUUCCUAGUAUAAUUGAUGGUUUCAAACCUGGUCAGCGAAAGAUCAUGUAUGUCUGUCUGAAACGUAACGACAAACGAGAAUUCAAGGUGAGUCAAUUGGUAGGAUCCGUCAUCGAAAAAGCUGCAUACCAUCACGGUGACACAUCUUUAGCGGGAACCAUCGUCGGUCUGGCGCAGAACUUCGUUGGCAGUAAUAACAUCAACUUGCUGGAGCCUCGCGGUCAAUUCGGUACGAGAUUAGUGGGUGGCAAGGACAACGCCAGCCCUAGGUAUAUUUUCACCAAGUUGUCGCCGUUAACCAGAAUGAUUAUGCAUCCUCACGAUGAUGCAUUACUCAACCACGAAUACGAUGAUAAUUGUAAAGUCGAGCCACAAUGGUAUUGCCCGAUUUUGCCCAUGGUUCUGGUUAAUGGAGCUGAUGGUAUUGGUACAGGUUGGAUGACGAGAAUCCCCAAUUACAAUCCGAGAGAUAUCGUUAAAAAUCUAAGACUCAUGUUGGAUGGAGAAGAGCCCGAGGAUCUUAGUCCGUGGUGGAAAUAUUUCAACGGAACCGUCCAAUUUGCGGGCGAUCAAAGGUACGUGGUAAACGGCGAGAUCGCGAUUUUAGAAGACGGCAAACUCGAAAUAACCGAGUUACCUGUAGGUACGUGGACCACGAAUUACAAGGAAAAUGUGCUCGAACCUAUGGUAAACGGCUCUGAGAAAAUAAAAGCGGUUCUCACGGACUAUAAGGAUUACAGCACGGAUAUGACGGUGAAAUAUGUGAUUACUUUACCGCAAACGAAUUUGGAAACUAUGGAGAAGGAGGGUUUACACAAAUCGUUCAAGCUGCAAAAUCUAAUCAGUUUGUCAUCGAUGUGUGGUUUUGAUGAAUACGGCUGUUUGAAAAGGUAUGACUCUGUUAUGACUAUUCUUCAGGAAUUUUAUAGUCUUCGUCUCAAAAUGUACGGCAAAAGGAAAGAUUAUUUAACCGGUAUACUCGAAGCUGAAGCUGCGAAGCUUACGGCUCAAGCUAGAUUCAUCAUGGAAAAAUGUAAUGGGGAGCUGGUAGUCGAAAAUAAGAAAAGAAAAACCAUAGUCGAUGAGCUAAUCAAAAGAGGUUAUCCAGCAGAUCCUGUCAAAGAAUGGAAUGAUAAGAAUAAAGAUGACGAUGACAUGGAGGAUCAGGAAGAGCCUCAAGAACCUGCCGAAGAUGGAGAAGCGGACGAAACUAAAAAGAAGAAAAAAGAGUCCACUCAUCCGGAUGUAAAGAAAUACGAUUAUCUGUUGGGAAUGUCGAUGUGGAUGUUAACGGAUGAAAGGAAAAACGAAUUACUCAAACAGAAAGACAACAAAAUGAUGGAGAUGAAUAUAUUAAAGAAAAAGACACCGUCCGAUCUGUGGCGGGAGGAUUUGGACGUUUUUAUUGAAAAUUUGGAGAAACUAGAGAAAAAGGAACGAGAUGAUUUGGAAAAAGAACUUCAACAAAGAAAGAAACCUGUAGCCGGUAAAAAGAAGCCUAAAUAUACUGAAACUCUCCCAUCGCCAAUGGCCCAGAGAGUUGCUCCUUCUGUUACGGAAGAUAUAAAGAAGAAAAUCCAAUAUGCAAUUAAAAUGAAGCAAAAUGUACAAAAGAAGAGAGGAUUUAAAUCAGAAAAUAUUGUGGAAGAAGGCGACGAAUUUGAUUCAAUGGUUAAAAGCAAAAAGACAUUAAAAGAUAAAUUGGGAACGCCUGAAGGUCUUGCGAAGAAGGUUGAGAAGAAAGUUAGAGAAAAAUCAACUGAUGGUCUGAAACAGACUAAACUCAAUUUCUCCAAAGUCAACAACGGAUCUCCCAAGAAGGGAAAGGGAAGAAAAAAGAAGGGUUCCGAUUCGGAAGAAGAAGAAUCUGACAAAAAUUCUGAAGGUUCUGAUGUCGAAUUUGUCACCAGUAGUAGCUCUCCCGCAGUAAAAGAACGAGUUCUUAAUAGAAGAGCCGCCACAAAGGUCAUUAAAUACGAUUUGUCCGAAGACGAAUUUGAAAAAUUCUCUGACAAGGAAGAUGAACUGUUUGAGAAUGAUGCUGUUAAGGAAGUUAGUCACGUCAAAGAGGUUUUAGAAAGCUCAGAAGAUGAGAGCAAACCGCCGGCUCGCCACGAGACUUCUGAAGACUUGUUCGACAGCUUAGUCGGUAAAAAAAAAGAUGAUUCCAAGGAUGAAAAAGACGACGCCGACGUUUUCAAACCUAUAGGAUCGAACAACAAGAGAAAGAACAGCUUCUCGGAUUCGGAUUCCGAAUUUGGAGAAAUUAAAUCCAAAGCGAAAUCAUAUUCCAGCGACGACGACUUCGUCGCCUCCGAGAAGCCCAAGCCUAAAACGAAACCGAAAGAGGACAAGCCGAAAAAGCCGAGACAGAAAAAGAAAAAGACCACAGACGAUGACGACUCCUCUGCCACAAAGAAAUCUAAACCUAAAAAGAAGAAAAUCGAUUCAAAUAGUGACGAUGAUUUUAAAAUUAACAUUGAUGAUAGCGAAGAUGAUGUAGUACCCAAAAAGAUCAGUAAAAAGAAGAAGACCACCGACGAUGAUGAUUCCUCCGCCACAAAGAAGUCGAAACCUAAAACGAAGAAAAUUGGUUUAGAUAGUGAUGAUGAUGAUGAUGAUUUUGUAAUGAACAUCAGUGAUAGCGAAGAUGAUGUAGCACCCAAAAAGGUCAAUAAAAAGAAAAAGACCACCGACGAUGAAGAUUCCUCCGCCUCCCUAAAGAAAACUAAACCUAAAACAAAGAAACUCAGUACAGAUAGUGAAAAUGAUGAUAAUUUUAAAAUGAACAUCGAUAGCGAAGAUGAUGUACCAUCCAAAAAGGCUCCAGCUACAAAGUCCAAAGCUUUUUCUUCGGACGAGGAUGGAGAUCUUGAUGAUUUUGAUGUUCCGAAAAAAUCUAAAACCAAAAAGAAAAAUGACGAUUUCUCAGAAGACGAGUUCAAAAUCGAAACGUCCAAAAAGACCAAAACCACCAAGAAGAAAAAUGUUUCAGAUGAUGAAUUCAAGGCGGGCGACAGCGACAAUGAAGUGGAGAGCACAGACGUAAAAAGACCAGCCAGGCCUGGCAGAGGUGCCGUCAAAUCCAAAUAUACAUUUGAUGAUUCGGACGAGGAUUCGUUUUAGACGAUUUUUAAAGAAUUAAAGGUAUGAAAUUUUGAUGUAUAUAGGAACUUACAAUUUAAGAUUCUACUGGAAUUUGAAGAGAUCAAAGUUGCAGUUGGAUGAUAUAUUAUGAUCGAUUCUUUUAAUCUUAUACUUUGAAACUCUCCCUGGAAAGUUUAUUUUUGUAUUAUUUUAUUUUACAUUUUAAUUCAUUAGGUUGUAUGUAUUUGUUCAUUUAAACACGAAAUCAAACAUGUGGUUUUUUAUUAGAUUUUUUUCUAAAUAAAAACUUGUGUUUUUUAUACUUUUACUUGUUACUGUUAUUAUAUUUAUUAUGAACUACUUUUG